AUGCACAAUAUGGCUUCAGUAAACCGCGAACUUUCACCCAAACUCAAGUCAAAUAAAAGUUCUCCUGUGUUAUCCAAACUACCCGCUUCUUACUCUAUUGAAAGCAAACGUCGGUCAUCUAGCCGGGAACAUAGCUCUUCCAGAAGACGGCACAAGAAAAGGCAUUCAUCUAGAUCCAGCCGUAGGAGUUCUAGCAGACACCAUAGAAGUUCUUCAAAGCGCAGACGUUCUCAUCAUUCAAAACAUAAACAUUCGUCUAAAAAACAUCAUCGCGAUUCCCACUAUCGAGACCGUCGUAGCCGUCAUCGCCACAAGCACCGUCGCCAUAGUUCAACGUCAACCUCCAGUUCAUCGAGUGAUUCUAGUUACGACAGCAGGUCGCGUCACCGAAAUAGUCCAAAUGGUAAACGAAUCACUCAAGCCUCUACAACAAUUCCGAAGGAUUCUAAUUCUCGGCCCAGAACAGAAAACCACGUCGUCACUUCAUCAGCGCCUGUCACCUCGACCACGAAAGUCGCGGAAGUAGCUAACUCGCCUGCGAUUCCUAGUCAAGGUGUCACCACAAAUACUACUCUUCAAAAGCUGACAGCACAAGAUAUUCUGGAUAAAAUUCAAAAGCAUCAACAGCAGCAGGCUAAAGCCCAAGCAUUAGCUGCGGCAGCGGCUGCUAAUCUUCCGAAAUACUAUAAUCCUACGACGGUUAAUGCCGUUAAGCUGGCGGAGCAACAAAAAAAGCGUAAAUUGUUAUGGUCGAAAAAAGACAGUGAUAACACAAGCUCUGACAGCAAGACUUUGUGGGCAACCACAUCUUUAAUUGCUGGGAAAGGUGAUUCUGCUGCUGCAGCUAAAUUCCGGAAAUUAAUGGGCAUUCAUGACACAACUGAAGAAACUGUGGAUGGAAAUACGUCACAAGGAGAUGAAACUGAAGCUUUAAAGCGUGCUGAAGCUCAAGCAGAACUAUUCAGGCGACUAGAGCAUGAAUACGAAAUGUCUCGUACUAUAACUCACACACAACGAGGUGCUGGUCUCGGUUUCAGUUCCGCUAGUCAUGUCGAUUAUAGUGCAUAUGCUGCAAUGCAGCCUGACAAAGAUAAAAACACUAACUUUUAA